ACCUACAUAGGAUAUCCUAUCCAAAAAUUAAAGCGUUUAAGCUCAAAUUUGUGUUCAUUAAACAAAGUUAAGUAAAACCACACGUGUGCAAGAGCCAUGGCAGCUUCGGGGCCAAGACCACCUAGAACAAGAACAACUAGAGGUCCUUCCAUUCGUCCUGUGUAUGAAACCUUCGAACCCAAGUCAGAGAUGAAGGAAAAGGAGGAAGCAUAUUUUCUUCAUAUUUACCUUCCUGGUUUCGUAAAGGAAAAGAUAAAGAUAAAUUUUGUGGGAUCUUCCCGAGUAGUGAGGGUUGUAGGAGAACGACCAUUAGGAGGCAAUAGAAUAAGCAAUUUCGAGCAAGCAUAUCCAGUUCCAGAAAAUUGUGAGGUGGGGAAACUUCAAGGCAAGUAUGAGCUAGGAACUCUCAUUAUUACAAUGCCAAAGAAGCCUAUCAUUUCACAAGUUUCACCAAAAGCGAAAGUUGAAACAACACCAAGAAUAGGUCCAACUCCAUUAAUUAGUCCUCCAAAGAAAUCUAUUCCUGAUCAAUUACCAAAGCCUAAAGAAGUGGUGGCCAAGGAAGCCAUGCCUCCAAAAUCUCCAAUAAUUAGUAGAAUGGAGCAAGUUGAAAAAUCUUAUGGAGACAAGACAAGACCUCAACAUGUUCAAGAGGAAACCAUGGUGAAAUCCACUGCAAUUGCUUCAACCCCAAGAAAAGAAACAGGAAAAUCUCAAAAGGGUCAUGAGGAAAUUGAGCCAAAACCCACAUCAACAAUGGGUUUUGGCAAGCAAAUAGAAUAUAAGAAUGAAGAGGCCAAUAAGCAAAAUGACAUCACAACAUAUAUAGAAAAAGUCAAGGAGAAACAAAACAAAGAUAGAGAAUAUGAGAAGCUUCAUGAGAGAAGAAAGCAAGAUCAGAAAUAUGUUGAUCACAAUGUGGUUUUGAAAGAAAGAGAAAUCAAGACAACAAGACCAAAGGAAACAGUUUCUUCCUCUACUCCUCCAAAAGCUCAUCAGAAGGGAAAAGAAACCAGCACCACCAUAAUUGACAAAGGAAAGAGAAGGACUGAAGAGGAUGAAAUCUACACAAUAGGGAAGGGAAUCAAAGAAGUAGUUGCUUCGGCUUCGGAGGUUGUCACAAAAAUUGGAGAAGGGAAUUUGGAUGAUGAAGAAAAGCCUUUGGUUGCAAACAUGGGUGCUGCAAUUCUUGUAAUUGUGGCAUUGGGAGCUUACGUGACCUACAAGUUUACCUCAGCUUCUAGCAGAGCAUGAAACUAGUUGUGUUCUAAUGUUUUAAUCCUUUCAAACGUUUUCUUUAGAAUCUUGAAAAACGAAAAGUGUAAUUGGAAUCAUGAAGGUGAAUGUAUGAGCAUGCAUGUGAUAUUGUGAUUUGA